AUGACAGACGGCCACCCGACUGGCGAUGAGGCAUAUUUUAAUCUCGGUCAACAUCGUCGCCCGGUCACUACGUCGUCACAGCGCGCGCAGCUUUGGUGUGACCGUGGCCUAGUUUGGGCGUAUUCUUUCAACGUCGGAGAAGCAGAGCGAUGUUUCGAGCGAGCCGUCCAAUACGAUCCCAACUGUGCAAUGGCUCUGUGGGGGAUCGCCUAUUCCGCGGGCCCAAACUACAACAAAGCGUGGAGAUAUUUCGAUCCAAAGGACCUUCGAGACUCCAUCGACAGGGCAAAUAACGCUAUCGCAUGUGCCACUAUGCUGGUUGACCAAAUCACCCCAGUGGAACAAGCACUGGUCAAGGCCAUCGCUGCACGCUUUCCACCCACGGAAAACAUCCCGGACGACCUCAGCCCACUCGACCGUGCAUACGCAGAUGCCAUGCGGCCGGUCUAUCAGGAAUUUGGCAGCGAUCCGGACAUUGCCGCCUUGUUCGCCGAUGCACUCAUGUGCAUGACACCCCGCGGUCUGUGGGAUUUGGAUACCGGAAAGCCGACCGGCCCUCAUACGGUCGAAGCCCAGCAGGUGAUUGAGACUGGCUUAUCGUCGGGCGGGCGUGACCACCCGGCGCUCUGCCACUUGCAUAUCCACGUUAUGGAGAUGUCGCCAAAUCCGGAACUCGCAUUGCCGGCGGCAGAUCGACUACGACACCUGGUGCCUGAUGGAUCGCACAUGCUGCACAUGCCGACCCACAUCGAUGCGGCAGUGGGAGACUACCGUCGUGCAAUCGACUCAAAUCAUGAGGCCGUGGUUGCAGACGAUAAGUACUUUGCUCAAGAAAGUGGCACGAUCUCGUACAUAGCGUACCGUGUGCACUAUAUCUGUGCAAAGCUGUAUGCGGCUAUGAUGUGCGGCCGCUUUGUAGACGCGAUGUCGGCAGCGGAGAAGUUGGAACACAUUAUAGAUGACAAACUUCUUUCCAUCACGAGUCCUCCUGUCGCCGAUACCAUCGAAAGCUUUUUGGGUAGCAAGGCCCACGUGUUGGUGCGCUUUGGUCGGUGGGAGGAGAUCCUUCGUCUUGAGCUUCCCGCCGAUCGCAAAUUAAGGUGUGCAACUACUGCGACCAUACUGUACGCCCAGGGACUUGCCUAUAGUGCGCUUGGCCGAAUCGAGGAGGCAGAGGCCGUCCAGCAAGAUUUUGAAGCUGCCCGUGCAGCUGUCCCUUCGACUCGUCUCAACAGAAACUACGAGGUUGCUUUCGCCUCUCUGCGAGAAGCAAUCCAACGGGAGGACGCAUUGCCUUACUCCGAUCCUCCUCCUUGGAUGCAGCCUGUUCGUCAUGCCCUCGGCGGUCUGCUUCUUGAACAGAACCGGGUGGAGGAAGCUGAGGUGUUAUUUAAAGAGGAUCUUGGGCUUGCAAAAGACUUCCCCCGACGCAGAGCAAAGCUGAACAACGUAUGGGGAUUGCACGGGCUGCACGAGUGUCUUACACGCCUUGGUAAGACCGAUGAACUGCUGUUUAUCCAGCCCGCACAUGAUAUCGCGGUCGCCACCGCUGACGUUCCGGUCACUGCUUCAUGCUACUGUCGUUUAUCGGCUGUGGGGAUGUCUGAAUGUUGUUCGGAGAAACCCAAAUGCUGCUCAUAG